AUGGCUCCGAAGCGGCCCAAGAGCGGGGCUGGCGGCGGGGCUCCCGCGCCGCCCGGAGCCGGCUCCAAAAACUGGGAAUCCGGCCUGGUGACUGCGCGCCUGGAGGAGGAAAAUUGGAUUCCAAGCAUUGCUUUCAUUGUUGGGAAUCAAACUGAAGACGAACUGCACAUGAAGGCUCUGUCUCUUGCUGUGCAGGUGCCGCUGCGGAAGCUCUUCAGCAUCAUAUCUUGGGAACGAAUAUUAGAAGAGGUAUUUGGUAUUGAUAAUGUUAUUAUGGAUGCUGGAAAUGUGAAAGCCAAGAAAGUCAAAGAAGGUCAAAGUCCAACACCUUUGUAUCAUGAGGUGACAGAGGUAGCAAAAAGCAUUCUGGAUGCUGGAGAAUCGAUUCCCGUGACUCUGACUGGCAAGUUAAUUAAAUAUCAGAUGCUUUGCAUCAAGCAGAAGGAUCUGCUGAGAAGGGCGGCUGAAAAGAAGCCAGUUGAUGACCGAGAAAAGGAGAAAGAGGAGAAGGGGAAAGGGAAAGGGAAGUCUGCUGGCAAGAAGGAGAAGCCCCCCAGUGCCAAGUCUGCUGGAAAAGGAGGGAAAGGGAAGAAGGCGUCGGAUGCACAGCAGUUGUCAGCAACGGUUGUUAAAAAGGACACCAAGCUGAAGCGACGCGGAGAAGAGGACGACACGGAUAAAUACAUUGAUGAUGAGCCAGAUGAUGGAGCGCAAUAUUAUUUCCUACUUUGCGGUUUUCACCAUCCACAACUCUUGCCUAUCCUGUCUGAACUGGGAGUCAAUGUUGGAAGCGUCAUUAAAAUUUCUUCGGACGAUUACAGCCCCCUGCAGGCUUACCUGGAAUCUGUUUCACUGCAAGAAGACCCUCAACUUGCACCAGAAGUUAUUGAAGCUGAAAAAAAGAAGAAGGAACAAGCAGUUAAGGAUCUGAAAUACUUCUGGAAGUACUUGGAAUCCAUUCUGAACAGUGGGAAGCCAGGAUCGAACCUUUUUCAGAUUGCUAGACUCCACCACCUCAUCCAGGAGUCAACCUUUCCAGCUGACUGGACUAAUAAUGAUAUGAUGCUUGAAUUUGGAACAGAGAUCUUUGAAAGCAUUGCCUGCUUAAUGUACGACUGCCUGGACUGGAGAAGGCAGCAUCAGCACUACUUGAAAUCUACCAGAUUUAUUAAUGUACCUGUCACAGAAAAGAAAAGCAAAUCGGCACUAGCUGAGGGACAUCCAACCGCUCCAUCUGCACCUUCAAGGAAAAAACAGGCUGCAGAAGAACAUAUUCCAGCACCAGUUUUAACAACAGAUGUAGACAUGAGGUAUUACAAUGAUCUGCUCAGCCAGGUCCCAGAAGAACUUGUCUGUGCUCCCUUGAUAGUGCACUGCAUGUUGGAACAGGUUGUUGCAUCAGAAGAAAACCUGACUCCGCCCAGCUUGGUAGUUCCAGAGCCGCUUGAAGAUGGGUUGGAUCAUUCCAUUGCCAGGCAUAUCAUUUCCAUCUUGCCUUCUCUCACCCUUUCUGAAAGCGAAAAAAAGGAUCUGUACAACUCCUUCUAUCCUGAACAUGAAGGAAAGACAACAUCACACAAAGGACCAGUAAUCCUGAAUUAUCACGAUGUUCUGUCUCAGAAGUUGCACUUCUUAAAGGUGCCAGAUGGUUUAGACCCAGCAGAGGUUGAACAUGAAAUGAUGAGCAAGCUGCCUCUGUUUGAUCUUCUUAAAUUUCCUCUUCCGUCCCCUGAAAAUAAUACCAGGCGCCUAGCCAGACUUCAUGAGCUUAUGCACUAUUGUACCAAUGAACGCCUGGACUGGGCCGAAGUAGAACGAGCUUUUAAAAUAUUUACUUUUGAAAGUCUGAGGCUGACAGGGGUAGAUGAUGCUGGGCAGCUGGAAGGCUCUGGCAAAAUGCUUGGAGGCGAUCAUGAGGUGCCUUACAUCCCGUGGGAUAAUCCUGCAAGGUUCACUACGCAACUGAGGCAGCAGUGCAUUAGCAGACGGAUGUCAGCGGGAAGUGAACAGAACGGAUCAGGUGUCACUGGAAGAAUUGUUGAGGGUCCUGAAAAUGAUUUGUCUGGCUCAUAUGCAAAUGAGGUAGUUCAAGGGAUAGAGUUAGCAGCCAUACAGAAGACCCAACAGCGGUGUUUAAAUGACUGGAGUUUUGCUGAACACUUUGAACCACAUAUCCUCUUUCAGGUUCUUCACAAUGCAACCCAGAAUUACCGGUGCAUCGACUCUUAUUAUCACACGCAAGAUAACUCUUUGCUGUUAGUCCUUCAUAAUCCCAUGAACCAACGUCGUCAGUUUCAGGAGUCCUGGCAUGUGGCAUUGCACUCCGAUGUUGGUUUCAGGAAUUAUUUGGAAUUGGUUGCUGACUCUAUUAGCGACUGGAUACUACAAGAAGAAGUCAAAUACCAGGAGGAAAAAAUGGAAAAGGAAUUGGAAGCACUUAGGUUAGCUAAAGAGAUGGCAGAAAAACCUCCCAUUGAAGUCAAGUCUCCACCAUCCGGUAAAAAAGGUUCUCUCCCUCCUAAGAAAUCCAAAAGUGCCAAAAGUAAAGGAGAAGUUUCUCCAGAGCCUCUCCCUGAGAAGGAAAAAAAUAUUUUUGUCAGAGAUGACUCUCUCAAGGCUUGGAAGGAAGAGCAGGAACGGCUUUUAGAAGAAGAACGGUUGAGAGAACUUAAAAAAGCCGAGAAGAAAGAAAAAGCUGGUAGCAAAAAAAAGGGCCAGAGUAAGGAGCCAGCGGCUGCUGAAGAUGGGAAGUCUUCUAAGAAGAGAUUAUCCAAGGAUAAAUCCAAAUCACCAGAGUCAGAACCAGAAGAUCAGGCAAAGCUGCAGAAGCUGAGUAAACAGAUUAUUCCUCCUCCUCCAGUUCUUCCCCCUGUCAAGACUUACGAGUUUCUUGGAUAUAAUAUGGGAGAGAACCCUAUUCAGGUGGCAGGGACUACUCGAUAUCUAUUUCCGACGGAUGGAGGGCAAAUCCAGGCAGAAAAGAUAACAUUUGAAAAAGGGGCAACUUUAGUGAAAGUGACGGUGGUAAAGGACAACCACAGUUUCUUCAUUCAUAUCACAGACCCCAUUGAAAUUCCAAAAGACAGCAAAAACGAUCAAGGAAGUACUACUGACUCCCUGGAAGACCAACAGGCGGAGUCAGUAAAAAAAUCAGUAAAUCAAGAGAAAGCUGUGAGCAAAUUUGGAUCCUUUUCUGCCACCUUAGAAAAUGAUAUUCAUCUUUCCUUUAGUUACUAUGGUCCUGAAGGAAAAGCCUCAGAUAAGAAAGACCCUGAUUUAGCAGCUGUUUUGUCCGUCCCUUCAGUGACUGUGCCCACGUCCGCUUUUGUUUCCUCGGGCGUCGCCGUUUCUGCUGCUACUGUUCCUACACCAGGAAAGAACAAGCCUGCUAAAGAAAAAUCAGGCAAAUCCUUACCGUCAGGCAAAAUGAGCUCUCGCCUCACUGUUACGGCAUCGCCAGAAGACUUUUCAAAGCAAGAAGAGAAAAAGGUGUGAGCAGAGACGCCACUACAGUUGCCUGUACCAGCCAUGCCAGAGGUCCGUCCUUUCAAUACUUUGAAUGUGUCCUGUCCCAAUGGCUUGGUAUUGACCUUCAUUGGUAAAAAAAUCCCAGAUGAAGAAAAGGGAGACAAAGGCAAGAACAAUGAUAAAGGAUGCAAAGCGGACGAUACUAAGUUGGAUGAGGCUAAAGUAAAUGAGGUCAAGACUGAAGAACCCAAGGUGGUGGAACCAGCCAAGGCCAGCGAGGCCGUGGAAAACAAGGCCCAGGCAAACGGAGGCAAGAGUGGUGAGGCCAAAGCCGCUGAGGGAGCUGCAGUCCACGAUGGCCUAAGGGACGGGUCUGGUGAAAACAAGGCAGAAGGUGACGCAGCGGAGGCCGGUGUGGACAAGGGCAGAGACAAGGAGUCCCUCUUCGAAAUUCUGACCAGGCAGAGUUAUCCACAAAAAGUGAAGCGCUCGCAGGUGCAGAACACAGUGAAGAAACCUGUGGAACAGGAAGUCUCUAGAGUGAUUACCAAAGAAGGGACUAUUGUAAAAUACAUGCUGGACGGGUCCACCCAGAUUCUGUUUGCUGAUGGCACCGUGAUCAGAAGCCCCGACUCUGGUCCUGUGGUACCGCCGCCUCCUGUGCCAAGCGCACCACACAUGGAGGUCCUGCCUUCUCCUGAGCCAAGCACCAAGAAGAAAAAGGGCACCAAGGGUACUCCUGCAUCAGCAAAGACUGAAACAAUUGAAAUUGUUGUUCCGGAUCACAUGUCAGAUACCGAGCAAUCCCCCGACUCCCUGGCAGGCACCUGGAUCACUACUACCCCGCUAGGUGUUCAAGUGGGCACCAAGGGAUCCGAGAGACUGGACCUGAAGCCGCUUUUGGCCUACCAGGCCACGGAUCCAGUGAAUGGAACGGUAGUGACAAUGCGGGAAGACAGGGUGGUUGUAGUAGAGAAAAUGGAUGGCUCCAGAAUAGUAGAUCAUGCCGAUGGCACCAGGAUAACCACCUUCUUCCAAGACUGUGAUGAAAUCGUGCCUGAUAGCAGUGAGGAUACAGACACUGACCCCCAAAUCAUCACAAGGAAGGUGAAGUGCCUGCGUGUGGAAAAUCCAAACUUUGCAACUAUCAUAACAAACUCUGAGGACAGCACCUGCUGCGCCAUCUUUGCAGAUGGAACCUCAAUUAUAUCAAAACCACAAGGAACAUAUCAAGUGUUGCCCAUGAACAAAGGCUACCUCUUCAUUGAUGAACAUUGUACUGCAAUUUACUCUCCAGAGGCAUUUGACAAAAGUGGAUGUGGACUUGUUUCCCAUAAGGAGGACCAGCAGAUAGGGAAAUACAUUAUGAAGCACACUUCCACCAUUGCCUGUGAGGUGACAGAUCCUGCAGGAAACGUUUUCAAGGUCAUGGUUGAUGGCAGCACAUCUGAAUUUAUUGCUAGCAGUGAUUCUGAUGGAAAGGAAUUGGAACCCACAGAAGUUCAGGCUCCGGUCAUAUAUGGGGAACACGUUCCCAGGUUCUUCAUUGUCCAUGCUGAUGGCUCUGGGACUGAACUCCUCCGUACCAGGGACACAAAUGAAUAUCUGUGUAUGGCUUACAGUGAUCCAGUGACAGCAGUUCUGCAAGAGCCAAUACAAGAGUGCCCAGGUGUCUUGAGCAUCACCAUCCUCUGUCCUUUGACUGAGGCAUCCCGAUGGGUAAUGAAGAGAGACUCUGCCAAUAUCGUUCCUUAUAAUCUCCAGUCAAGGGCCUGGGAAACUUUCCCCCCAGUCGAGAGAAAGACUCCAGGCCCUCCUUUUGGAAUGCAUGCUUGGAAAGGCCUGAGCAUAGAAUUCAAGGAGUUGGCAGGUGCUCCGGCACCUGUAAAGAAAAACCCAAGUGUACUCCAGAUUCGCCGGCUGAUCCAAUAUGAGCCCGUCAGUGAUGAGCGGAGACACAAGCUGCAGCUUUCUGUCCAGGCAUACAUACAGAAAGUCAUAAAGCAAGAAGAUGAAAUGCAGGAAAUGAUUAUUAAAGAUCCAAGAACAGAAGAGGAGAGGGAAAACGCUGCAGAUCUUCUUAAACUAGUGAUGUCUUUCCCUAUUGUUGAAGAAUCUUCAGAUGAUCUCUGCAGUGCGGCUCAGAUUGCUGACAUAUAUGAGCAGGCCUUGUCUCCAGAGUUUGAAAAUCCACCUGCCAAGGCAGUUACAAAGAAGACUGGAGAAUACUGGCAGAGACUCCAUCCGGAAAGAAUAAAGCAGUUAUUGCGCUGGGAGACCAAAUUAGCGCAGAACAGACAGGAAGUUGAGGAUGGAAAGAAGUGUUUCAUGCACUUGAGGAACAAAGACAUCCCCCCUUAUUUCAGAUCGGAAUUCGGCAUCAAGUUUUUGCAAAAGGAGUUUUCCAAUGUUGAACAACUUUCAAAAAUGCUCCCUCCGUUUCCAAUAAAAGCAAAGAAGGAAUGUUUGUUAGAAACAAUUACAAAUUCCUGUGAAACUAGAAAUACUGGAAGUAGCUCGGGAAUCCAAAGCUGCUCACUCUCAAAAGAACGUUCUGAUGAUUUGUUUAAUCUCUCCUGGUGUUCUUCAGUCCAUGCUGAAAUCUAUCCAGAUCCUCCAUCAAUAGAUCAAGGUGACAAUUUAUUGGCAUGCCUCUUCAAGCCCAAACUCCGGUCUCUGAUGCUGAAUGCUGCAGGAUUCCCAAGAAAAGAUAAGGUGAAAUUGCCCUCCUGCAUACAGAGGAGCAAGCCAGAAGCUAUAUACAGAAAUAAGAUCAGUGAUCCCGUGUCUGGAAAAGUCAACACGUGUUCCGUAGCCAGAGGAGCUAAACCACUGCCCAGUUUCCUUCUCAUCCCACCAAAGGUGGCAUUUGGGGUUCUUAAGGAAGGCUGCACUUACGUCGCCACGGUGGUCCUGAAAAACAUUGGAGUGGAUUACUGCAGGUUUCGGGUGAAACCACCACCACCCUCUACGGGACUGCAUGUGACCUACAUCCCAGGACCAGUGGCUGCCGGACUGCAGACAAACCUGGACAUCACGAUUUACGCCAUGGCCAUUGGGCUGGAAGGGGCGCAGGGCAUGAGUGAGGUUUGCCAGCGGAUUGAGAUUCACACAGAGACAGAAACUCUCUUCUUGCCUGUGGAGGCAAAUAUCCUUUUGAGCAACAUCUAUGAUGAGAGGCCACCAGGCUACCCCCAAGAUGGCAAGGCAGCCUCGGUGCAGCUGAUUUCAACAAGCCCUGUAUCUCCCUUCAGGGUAAACCCGCCGUACAAGCUUCUUGAUAAAAACAAAUCAUGGGGAAGUCUACAGGAGACAGCAAUUCCACGACUCUCCAGUGGAAGCAUUACUGAAAAGCAAUAUACUAGACUGAAUUUAAUGUAA